UCAGAGUGUGCUCUUCUGAUCUCGCCCAUUCGCCGCCGCUUGCGCAGUCCGCGUCGCGCGGCAAGAGUUUUCCAACUACGGAAAAAUUGUGUCGCGAGUGUUGGACACAACGCACGAUCGUCCUUCACCUUACCUGUGCUAGACUGUGUCCCUCUGACUCUGUGUUAAUAUGGAUUGUGUGUAUGGCUUUUAAGUGUAAACGUAGUGAUUUUCUUUACGGCAGCGCCCCUGGUCCACCCUUCUGCUGCUAACUUCCUAAACACUUUCACUAUGGAGGCGACACGGCAAGUGUCGGCCCACUGGCUGUCCGCAAUAGUUCUUAUGUGUUCAUUCUUCUCAACUCAUUCGCUCAAUACUAAGAUUCACGAGCACAUGACAACAGAGGAGCUCAGGAACGUCUUCCACGUAGACCACCACAGUCACGUACCACAGUACCACUUGGUACACCUAACCCACCAUCUCUCUAGGCGGAACAUUCCCACAUCGCACUCAUCGAAUUCACAUUCACUAAACUCCGGGAAAAUACCCCAUGAAAAGAUCUCAAAAUCUACCAAGUCUAAUAGUCAACCUUCGCUCCUCAACGAUGAGAUGUUCAUCAAAGCGAAGGAGUACAUAAAAGACGUUGAUAUAAUUGGAGAUUUAAAUAACACAGUGAGUGUGCAGUUUAAUGUGACAAAUUCUAGUGAAGUUAGUGAUAGUGUUAGUGAUGGUGAUAGCGAGCAUCCAGUGGAAGACCAAGAAGAAGACGUGCAUAAAAUCGAGCUGGAGGCGUUUGGGAGACUACUGAAACUGGUGCUGAAGAAACAAGAUGGAUUGGUGAAAAAGGACGGAUUGAGGAUGUGGCGCGUACUGACCAAUGAUUCGCAGCCGCAUGGAGUGGAUUACGAGGAAAUGAAUGCGGAAGGCGAAGAAGACAUAGGAGAUAUCUACCAAGACGAUGAAAAUGGUGCCGCUCUUCUUAUCAGAAGGCAUCCGAAACAUGGCAAACUCGUGGUGGAGGGUUCAAUCGGUCACGAUUUAGUGAUACGUCCGAUCCCAGACACCAUGGCCGUCCAAGAUGAUGAGAUGUUCAUGGACCCGACCAGCAUGACUGACAUGGUAUCCAUAGACACUGGUCUUCCUAUUGUUAAAAGGAAAAAGGUUGAUCAAGAGCAACUUCAGAAGGCGUUACAAGGUGCUGGACAUGUCAUUAUAAAAAGAGACCCGGCGCAAGGAGAUCACUCAAGUGAUUAUGCAUUCAUGGAACCAGACCAUCUUGGCAAGCGUUUCAGAAGGAAAAGAUCGACAGAGUCGCUGAGCAGGCGGAAGAGAGAAGCACCAUACGUUAUAUACCCAGAAAUCCUUGUUAUUGUUGAUUAUGAUGGCUACAGGUUACAUGGCGGGGACAAUUUGCAAAUAAAACGGUAUUUCGUCUCUUUCUGGAACGGCGUGGAUCUGAGAUACAAACUCCUUAAAGGACCAAGAAUAAGGAUAUCCAUAGCAGGCAUUAUUAUCUCUAGGGGUCGGGACGCCACACCGUAUCUUGAAAGGAACCGCGUCGGCCGUGAUGCUAUCGAUUCCGCUGCCGCUCUGACUGACAUGGGCAAGUACCUCUUUAGAGAGAGGAGACUACCCGUCUACGAUAUAGCUGUUGCAAUCACCAAACUAGACAUGUGCAGGAGACAAUACGCGAACGAUGCGUGCAAUAGAGGGACUGCAGGAUUCGCCUACGUUGGAGGCGCAUGCGUUGUGAAUAAACGACUUGAAAAAGUAAACUCUGUUGCUAUCAUCGAAGACACUGGCGGUUUCUCUGGCAUUAUUGUUGCUGCUCAUGAAGUUGGACAUUUGCUAGGAGCAGUUCAUGACGGAAGUCCACCACCCUCAUAUUUAGGAGGUCCAGGCGCUGAGAAGUGUAGAUGGGAAGAUGGAUUUAUCAUGUCUGAUCUCCGGCAUACGGAGAAAGGUUUCCGUUGGUCCCCUUGCAGUGUUCAGAGUUUCCAUCACUUCUUAAACGGUGACACUGCGACUUGCCUAUAUAAUUCUCCACACGAAGAUGACUCACUACCCCGGGUACUCCCCGGUCGCUUACUUACUUUAGAUGCACAGUGUCGAAAGGACAGAGGAACUAGCGCAUGUUUCAAGGACGAGCGGGUUUGUGCCCAACUUUUCUGCUUCGAUGCGGCAAGCGGAUACUGCGUUGCUUACAGACCCGCCGCGGAAGGGUCUCCGUGUGGUGAUGGACAGUACUGUAUUAACGGUCGGUGUAUAACUGAACACGAGAACAUAAUACCGGACUACUCGCAACACACGCCGAGCUACAUACGACCCGAGACUAGUCCCUUCUACGGAAAUAUCACAAGUAACGAAGAAACAACUCAGCCAUACGUAGCUAGCACGUCAGCACCUGAACCUUACAAGUCUAAUUAUUAUCAAUAUUACCAAAAGAAAACAAGUCCUGAACCAUCAACAACAACUACGACCACUACGACGACAACAACUACAACUACAACAACUAGAACCACAACGAAUCCCUACAAAUAUUAUUACUAUACAACAAGACGACCAACAGAGAACACAGAAAAAUCAACAGAAGCGACACAACCAUCCAGCACACAACCACCAAUUAACAAUUACUCGAUAACAACAACUAAAAAUCCAUACGAUUUUAAAGAUUUUACAACAAAGACAACAAAGUCGGAAGUGACCGAACCAAAACGGGGUUUCUUUAAAAAAGAAGAAUUGGACAGUUACUUCGGGCGGGGCACGACGAAGGGUCCAUUCUCGGACAAGGGAAUAAAAUCUCUAUUUAAAAUAGGAACAUAUUACUCACAAGCAAAAUCAUCAGAUAAUUCUAUAAGACCAGAUGCGAAUUCUCAGCAAGUUCAAAUAGAGCCAGCGAGGUUAGUCUUCUCUUACCAAAGGAAUCUGACGUCAGGAGAGCUUGUUAGGACAUAGAAAUGCCAAAUUAAUUAUUGUAGCCGCCAUUAGCAAAUCGAGCGGGAAAAACAAUGAAGACUGCUUGCUGGACUAGAGACUGGUACCGAGGUAUCGACUAAGGCCUGGAUUGUUAACAAGCCAGGCAGUUCGUCUCCAGCCUUUAAAUACAUUUCAGAUUGUGAAACGUGCGCACAUACCUUAUAAAAAUAUUACUUCCACAAUAAAGACUACAAUCUAUAUAGCUUAAAGCUAGAGAAGUUUUAUGUAAAUACUCGAUUUAUUUACAAAAUAUACUUAAUUACAAUUUAAUUAUUUAAUAUUAAUUAACUUAAUUUUUUUAUCUUCGAAAUUCGUUUUAUUACUUUGGUAAUAUUUAAUUAUACAAGAGGUAAUAUACAGCGGGUAAUAACGGAUGUGACGCACGUGCUUGUGUGUAUAAGAAUGUGUCUGAAGACAAUAUUAAGUGUCAGACAUGUGAGUGAUAUUACAAUGUGAUUGUGUAACAAUAAAUGAACUCUUUAAGUACACUAGAUAUAAUCUAUUAUGUAUAUUACGAACAAAACUGAUUCGAUAAGAGAUAUUAUAUCUCUACGAAGUUUUGUGUUUAAUGUAGAUUUUUUUCUUAGUCUAUGUUUUUAUAAGUGGUUGUAAAAAUAGCGUCGUUUUAAGAUUACAGAAUGAAACUGCCACAAAGUGCCUUUUUAAUAAUUAAUUAAGCCGACAAUAAACAUAAUUCACGUAUACACCCAAUAUUUUUCUUUUAUUAUGCACUAAUAUCGAAACUAUUGUGAAUUUUUAAAAUGUCCUCUUUACUUUUGUUUUUUUUUUUUUGUUUUUUUAAUACAGCGACUGGUUCGCAUUCUUCUAAAUAUUUAAGUUUAUCUUUUUAAGUUACUCUUUCUUACACCUUGUUAUUAAUAUAAGUCUGUUUUUAAUAUCAAAAUUUAUUUAUGUGACAUAGCUCUAUAAUUUUUAAAGUUACCAUAGAUUAAAAAAUUGUAAUUAGUAUUUGGCAGUUUAGUUUUUAAUAGGAAUAAACCGUUUACUUCCAAUUUUGACAUCAC